AUGGUUAAAGUAAAACCCAUCGAAAUACUCAAAUCUUUCUUACCACAAACAUGUGAACAUAUUGAAAAUAUAAUAAAUCAUUCACGAACAACCAUAUUGAUGGAUCACAGAGGUGAUAUUGAAUUGACUUGGUAUUUAACUCUCUUUUCGGAACUUGUUCAUGCUCGUGGUGGUACUUUACUUAUUUACAAAAAACUUAUUAUAUCUGUCUUUCAUCAAUGUAUUCGUAUUAUUCAUAAACAUUCAUAUGAAACUAUUGCUAAAGCAGCUAAAUAUUUAUUGAAAUCACUUACUCAAUUCUAUCCAAUUCGUUCUCGAUUACCAAUUGAAAAUUUCAAUGAAUCAUUCGCUGAAUUUUUAUCUAUUCGAACUUGGGGUCAAUAUGUUGAUUUCGAUCAAUUUCAAAUUCAAUUUCGUUUUCCUGAUGCAAAUGAAAUUGAUUUUGCUUGUGAAUUUGUUAAUACAUUCAUUUAUGAUGAAUUUCAAUUGUUGAAUGAAAAAUGUUUACAACUAUCAAAUGAUGAACGAUUGAGAUCACUUACACUAAUUCAAUACAUAGCAAUCGGAUGUCUACAUAUGGUACCUAACAUUGAAAGUAAUCUAGUAACAAAUCUUGUAACAUCAGUUAUUCCCUAUAGUUCAAAAUAUCGAUUUCGAUAUUCAAUGUAUUCUAAAGAGCCAAAAUUUAGAGAUAAUUUACGUAUGCGUAUUCUGAUUGAUAUUGGAAAUUUACUUGAUACACUUGUAGAAAAUCAUUCCGAUGAUGUUUCAUCAAUAAAAACAGCAAUAAAUAUCUAUGCAUUGCCAUCUACUUAUUAUGGUACAUCUCCUAAUGAUAUAUACGGAUUAUGUAUCAAUAUCGAUUCGGAUGAAAAUUUAUUCAAAGAUCGACUUGGUGGCAAACGACAAAAUCCUCGAUUUUUAAUAGUCAAACAAAUUAUGUUACAUAUCAAAAUAUUCGAAUUAUAUCAUUUGGAAACUUUUACAGAGAUCGAUAAACAAAUCGUAUUGAAACUAUUUGAAUUAUCAAUUAAUCGUUAUAGUGAAAUUCGUUGUAAUGCACAAGUCAAAUUAUUCUCUAUUUUGAAUGAAUUCAGUUUUGCAUAUCAAGUAAUUGUUGAUCGCAUCAAUGAAUUGUUGAAUAAACAGGCUGAAAUCGAUCAUGAUCAAAUCAAAGGUUGUCUAUAUAUUCUUCUUGGUGAUGAUUCCUUUUUCUUACCUACUCAACAUUGGUGGACGAUGAUGGAAAGAUUAUGGCCAUCAAUUGUACGUUUGAAUCAUACGAAUAAACUGAGCAUAACAAAUGUAAUUGAUGAGAUCAGUACUAAAAUAAUCGAAGAAUUUCAUACGCCACCUCUCAUUGAAAAUAUCAACAAAAUGUCUGUGGAUUCAGCAGUUACUUUAUGGCGUCAGUUAAAUUCAGGUGAAAUGAAAAUAUGUGAAGAACAACAUAGAAAUAAAAUUCAAUCUUAUAAUAAUCUUAUGGAAAUGCUUAAUACAUUACUAAAUGAUGAUAAAUCGGCAUGGAAACAACAAACGAUAUCUAUGUCAUUUAUGUGUCUUCUUCUUCAAAAGCAAAUACCAAUUCCGUUAUCAUGCAUUCGAACAUUUGUCAAUUAUCUUAUUCAUGAUAAUAUGGAAUUACGAAAGUAUGCUAUAAUGGGUAUGAUAGCAUUAUUUCGUUUGCAAAAGCCACCUCGAAUCUUGAUAGAAAAACCGCUUGAUGAAAUUCUUCGUUAUGAACAUCAACAAUUACCCAUUACCAUCGAUGAAAAAUGUUCUCCAGGUGAUCGCGAUGAUAAUUUAUGGGUAACAAUUAAUGAUUAUAAAAUACCUGAUAAACAAAUCGAAUGGGAAGAAACAUGCUUUAUGGAUAAACCUUUUCAUGGGUAUUACAAAUGGCCAAAAGUUAUUGAAUAUUGUAUGAAUAAACGUGUACGCUACACUCAGCAGACAAUGCCAGAACAAGUUGCUAUUGUGUAUGAUCGCUUUAUUGAUAAGAAUUUCAUAAUACAAUUGACACAAUCUGCGGUCUUGGAUGAGGAUGAUGGUGACAUAAACUUUAGUGAAAAUCGAUUUCUAAUGUAUAAGGGCCUCUUUCGUAAUUUUGGUAACGUAUUAAUCGAAAAUCUUAUGGAACAACUCUACGCACUUAUUCUUGAAACGAUAGAAGAAAAACAAGAAGGUUGUCAUCGUGCUGCAGCUGAAAUUGUAGCCGGCAUGAUUCGUGGUUCGAAACAUUGGACAUUAGAAAUGUUGGAUGAACUCUGGAUGAAACUCAUUCCGUUUCUCGAUGAAGUAUGGAAAAAUUUUAGUUGUGAAAAUCGCUAUUAUUGGAGUUUGUGUUUCAAGUAUGGCAUGGAAAAUCAAGAUCCUCGUCGAAUGUGUCGAUUAAUUGAUUAUAUUUGUUCUUUGGUCACUAAUAAUCAUAUGAUGGAAACUGCAUUCAAUGAAGCAUCUCGAUGGUUUCUUGUCCAAGAAUUGAAAACUUUUCAAUGGCGUAUUCCAUCUGUUUGGUGUAUUAUUAAUAAUUAUGCCAAAGAAUUACUUGAUCAUCCAUUUAAAACUGUUCGAGUAUAUAUUGCUGAUAUAUUAUCAAUGUCAAUUAGUUUUGAUAUCAUAUUGCCGAAUGGAAAGUCAAUACGACAUCCUAAUAUCGAUCAAUUCAUCGAUACUAUAAGCGAACGAUUACAUCAAGCUAUUGAAAUUUAUGAAAAAACUCCAUCGGUAAAUAACUCUGAUCAAAUUAUCGAUAUCGACCUUGAAGUUCGUAAAGCAUUAAAUUUAAUCGAAACAGUAAUUCAAAUACAUACAUACUUAUUUCACUGGUGUCAACAACCAGUUAAAAGUGCAAUAAUUCGUCUGUUUCCCUAUCUCUGUGAAAUUGAAAGUAUUGUGGCAAAUCAUGAUUUCUUCGAAGAUACAUUGAUAACGAGUCGAAUGCGUGUUGCUAUGAGCUAUUUAUAUACACAUUUGUUAAAAGAGUUUAUUGAACAAUUAGAAAUGAUUUGUACAAGUUCUAAAUGGCAUUCACGUCGAGCAGCUAUUGAAUUUGCUCAAACUUUGAUAUUUUGCAAUCUAUUCAAUUCUCGUCCAUAUACCAAACAAUUAAAUGAAAUUUUGCUCAAGUGUCUAUUUGAUGAACAAUUGGAAGUGCGAACAAUAGCAUCAAUGACUUUAUCAGGUUUUUAUCAAUGUGGUUAUAUUAAAUUAACUGAUAAAGAUCUGAACUAUUUUAAUGUUAUGAGUAAGACCAAUUAUUUUACAAAAAUCAAUGGCAAGAAAGUCAUAUCGGGAGAGAAUAUUAUCAAACGGCAUGGUGGUUAG